UCAAUUUUCGAUUUGAUUCAUAUUUUUUCUUGCUGCCUAGCAUGUUAGAAUUCCAUUGGUGUAACCUUUAGCAUUUAUAUUGCCAUAUCCUCAUAAUUAAUCCAAUGGACAUGAAACUUUGUAGGAUAGUUCUUAACAUGUUAAGGUAGCUUUUGGCUUUGGUCCCAUGAAUUUUGAAGGUAACAAUUGCUGUUUGCCAUUAGAUGGAAGUUGGUGUAUAAUUUUUGACUUCAUUUGAUGUAGUUUUUGCAUGCUGUACCACGUUUAAUUAAUUCCUAUUGAUCUAUUAGGCCAAAUGACUUGAAAUUUAAUAGGUGACUUGUUGAAUGCCUUCUGGUUAGGAUAGAAUUUUUGUGGAUUUUUUGGAUCCUUUUUGACAUGUGGUUGGAUAUGAUCUUGCUGGUUGUUUGUAUGAGACUCAACAUUGCUUCAUUUGCCUUCUAGGUUGCAUAAUUUAAAAUAGGAACAUAGUUUGAAUAUGGGACCAAUUGGGAUCCCUUUGUAUUUGAUAUUACUUGGUUUUCAUCAUGAAUUGGCUGCUGUUUUAGGAUUUUUCCAUCUUUUUGACCCUAGGCUAGUCCUAGUGGUCAUAGUACUUACCUUUGAGUGUGAUUGUACCUUUUCAGGUUAAAGAUAAUGAUUAAGGAGAUUUGCUCCACAUUAUGGAUUGUGUUACUCGACACAUAUGACUAAUGUAUUUGUUUUGUAGGAUGUUGGUUCAUGUGAGCCUUGUGCUAUGCACCUCAUUAUGUGUAUAAUUGUACUUGGUUAAUUGAUCAUUAUAUUGUUGUCUGUUUGUGAAAGUAGAUGCUGAUUCUGUUUGACUUUUGUACAGGUACCUUUAGUUGCUCAAUUCCUUGCGAACUUUUGCUUUGCGUUGCUUAAGCAACUUGCAUUGAGGGACACUUUUGAUCGAGAUUCUGGUUGAGAGAUUUCUGUUCAAAUAUGAGGACCGGUUUGAAAGACAAUGUUGCCUACAGUUUCUUUGAUCCAGAGAUUGGUGUGCUCAAGGAUAUGAUAGCAUUGAUUACUCCUGACCAUGUGGGAAUGUUUAGAGAGUCAUACGGCGGUAUUCUGAAGAUGGUUUUCAGACUCACUGACUGCGACAGGAGCGCCAUCCACACUCUUCUUCAGUUCUAUGACCCUGGGUUGAGGUGUUUCGUUUUUCCAGACUAUCUGUUGGGACCUCUGAUGGAGGAUUAUGUCAGCAUCCUGGGUAUUCAGAUCCGUGAUCAGAUUCCUUUCCAUGUCACUAGGGCGGAGCCGGAUGUCCUUGGGAUUUCACGUGCUCUUUAUUUGAGUCCGGAAAUGGUCAAGGAAGGUUGGAAGGAGAAGGGAAAGUUACCUGGAUUUCAUUUGAGUUUCUUGGAGGCUAAUGCCAAGGAACAUGCUGCUGCGGGUAACUGGAAGACGGUUUGUGCUCUGAUUGCUGUGAGCAUUUAUGGGAUUGUUCUGUUUCCUAACCAGAAGAAUUUUGUGGACCAUAAUGCUAUCAGAUUGUUUAUGCAGAGAAACCCUAUUCCUACCCUGAUUGGAGAUGUCUACUACUCAGUGCAUAACAGGAAUGAGAAGAGGCGGGGUGGUCUGGUUAGAUGCUGCUCUCAGUUGCUCUUUAGAUGGUUCAUGGGGUAUUUGCCUUCCCGAGGUGCGUUUGUUCAGAUUGACCCUAGUGUCAAGUGGUCCUUCCUGUGUCCUAGGAUUGAGGGUCCAAGUUCUUCUGUCAGCAUGGAUGAGUUCUUAGAGGUGAAGCGGGAACGAGAUCAGCUACUUGCAGAGAAGACGGAAUUGGAGAUGAGUGUCGCUCGGGUUCAGAGAGCUAAUCAGGAGCUCAAAGCAAAGAUGGAAGAUCAGGAUAAGCGGUUAAAGAUAAUGAUUAAGGAGAUUUGCUCCACAUUAUGGAUUGUGUUACUCGACACAUAUGACUAA